AUGACGCUGAUUGCAGUGAACAAUUAAGGCAUUAUGUUAUGCACGAGUACUUUCAAUUUGCAGAAGAUGAACAAAGGGGAAAUGGAAAAACGGUAAUAUGGACAAUUGAGUACUUUCAAUUUGCAGAAGAUGAACAAAGGGGAAAUGGAAAAACGGUAAUAUGGACAAUUCCAAUUGAUUUCCAAAAAAUGAAUCAGUGCCACCGUUAUAGUUCUAACACAUGGAGAAGAAGGACAAGGCAACACAUCCGAGUUCUUUUACCGAUGGGGCAGCAACCUUUUCAGCGAUUAUUCUUGGUGGUCCCUCGUCUACAAGCUUAUAUGCGGAACGCUAUCAUUUGUGGUUGCUUCGUGCAGGGUCUGCCUGCUGGGAGCCGAUUGUCCGAGGUUGUCGCUCUGGAAGCGCCUAUUGCUUCCUCGAAAUGCGCAGAUUUCUGCCUGCUCCGGCUUUUUUGUUAAGAAGUGCAUUAGCUGUAGUUGAACACCACCUAUUGUUCCGCAAAAUCAAAUUUUACAGCAAGCCUCUACUACAGCCAGCAUUUUAUUAAAGUUUUGUUCAUCCUGAUCCUGAUGCUUUUACUAGGAAAGCAAUUUUUCUCAUUUUUCUCAUCUAUUCUAGAAAGCGGAGGUGGCCGAGCGAUAUAUUUAUAGUAUUUGACAUGUUCUUGUAGAAGUCAUCUUCCUGUGGUCCACUGUUUUCUGUUAAAAUUUUAUCGUACAACUAGUUCAUCCUAAAGAUCCGUUUCUAAUGUGACACGUGAGCCUGUUUCAUCUAGGUCUCAACUGUUAUGCAUUGGGCAAUUUAAUGAUAUGGAAUACGGCUAUCCUUGCCAAUUUUAAACGGGAUUGUGGAUUGACGAUGUGGCAUCCCUUUGCUGUUUUCUUUAUAGCUGCAUUUGCUGUUAAGGCUAUAGAUAAUUCAUCUUUGACAUACUGGCGCAUCCUUGAAAAGUUUUCUUUUCCUUAGAAAUACUCUUCAAGUAUAGGACGCAGUGAGAACAAGAUGAGUUACAGAUGAGAGGUCUAAUGCUGGCACUCUCGCUUUUCUCGCAUUCCCAUCUCGCUUUCUGUGCCGUUCUUGCAUGCAUCGUCGUGACAAACGGUGGGAGCGUGAAGGAAAUCAACUGCGAAAAUUGAACAAGUUAAGCACUACUAGCACGACUUUUUCAGGUUCAGUCUAGUAUUUUUCACAAUUACAACAUCAACGACAGUUUCAGUAGAGUAAAUCGCUUCUCUUCGUACUUCCGAAGAUACAAAGUCGUUUAUCAAUCUCGUCUAAAAGUUAUAGACCAUCUCCAGCAAAAUGGAAACGAGCAAUACCAGCUGGAAGGAGCGUUUCCGCAAGCUUGGCAAGAAAAUCCUCAGAAUCCUUCUCCUGGUGAAAACGAUGAAGAUUAAGGAUUCAUCCCCUAUAAUUAAAUUCAUCUUGUUCACGAGCAUCAUCUUGAGAAGCUGCUUUCUCAUGGAAAAAAUUUCGUAGCAUUUCUCGAGAUGGACCUCUCGAGAUGGACCUCUAGGUCGUGAGCUCUAAGAAGCUGAGGGAGGUCGCAGUUUUUGCUAUCGUUAUAUCUACGGCGUUGGCGCUCUAUUCUGGACCGAAAAAGUGGAAUAUAAAACAGCAGCUACAGAAGUAACGAUUCUCGAACCCGAAAAUGGCAAGAAUCAUAUUCCGCAUCGAUUAUGGCCAGGAAAAAAGUGGCCAGCUACAACCGCUUUUCAUUCUCCCUCCCGUUCCCUCCAUUUUGACCUCUUUCUCGUCUGAGCAUCAUGCCUUUGUGAUACUAGGUCUUUUUUGGUAUUUCCAUACAUAUUUAUAGGUAGUGUUAGAACACGCAGUUACUGCCUCAGCGACUCUCUAAAUCAACAUGUGAAGCCUCAGGAAAUAAUGGUCAUAAAACCGAGCAGUCCUGGCGAUGCGUAUCUGAUGUCUGCGAGUGGGUACCCUGGUUCCGUCGGCGCUAGUUGUGGCAUCUUCGGAGUAUUGAGUUAAGCUUAUUGACAAGUGAUAGCAGGUCUCUAUUACUUAUAUCAUAAUUUCUUGACCUUCUGCCUCUGGCUUCUUUUGCUGCACUGGUUGUAGGAAAUAAGAGGAAGAAGAAGUCAAGAGUGUAGUUGUUGUCCCGAGCAUUGGCUGAAAUAAGAUGUCUAUAUGACCGCACCACGGUAUAAUCUAUUAUCGGAACAUCAGGAACGACCUGGUGCUUGUUGUGCUCUAUUUACGACAUGAGCAUGUGAGGACUGAGGCCGCACCUCCUGCUGCUCUAACAGAGUUACUUCGUUUUCUGUGUGUCGUACUACACCCAGCUGAGAUUCGCGCUUCAGUUCUACAUUGUUAAUUCCAUCUUCUUCGUGGCGAUAAGCCUCUUGCCUGGCAUUGACGUGCGUGGUCACAUCGGCGGAGCUCUUGCUGGAAUAGCUUGCGGCGCGUUCUUUCAUCCCAACGCAACCCUGCUGCCAAGCGUGCUCGGCUACUGUUCGCUAAUUUUAGGGCUUCUUCCCCUGAGGACGGAGCCAUCUUCGGUCGCCUCUUCAGGACGUUUUCCAGAAGAAAACGGCCUGAGGGUGGACUUCGAGAUGGACCAGGGUGCGUUCUAAUAAUUGGUGGGCUCUUCAUCUUGCCACUGUUCUUCGUCUUCGUUGUACCAAAGUCGUUGGUUCCUCGUCGCUUGGAAUCCAGAAUAUCUGACGAUGAAGAGUACUUCCAGCAUCUGUAUUGCGGUCAUUAAGGUUCAUAAGGUUCAUCUCAACACUCAUCCUACUUCAGGACGACUCCUGUAUCAGAUACGUCUGAAAGAUGAAUAUCUUCGGGAGGCAUUAUUUCUAAUUCUAAAGUAGACGUAAAUACGUCGAAGACCCCGAGGCGACGAAGAAAUUGAUACAACUGAAGAACAAUGUUGAGGUUCCGAAGUCCUCGAUUGGACAGGUGCUGGAGCUUGAUAUACACCCCUAAAGAAUUUGGUAACUGUAACCAAAGAGAAUUGUUUCAGGUGGCACGCCGACUAGUACAGCACUCACUUCUACUCCAAGUCCAAACUGACUAGUGUAACGCCGACUACAGCACUCACUUCUACGCAGGGUCGUUUAUUACUUGGUUUUUACGCAGGGUCGUUUAUUAUUUUCACAGCACCCACUGUCUUCUACGCAGGACUAGUGUUAGUCUCAUCAUGAUUAAAAAUCACCGUCUAGUCCAAACACAUUAUUUGAGUGACUGUCGAAUAGGGUAUUCUUAUUCCGGCUUGUCGUUGGAGUCAAACACGCAGCUUAUCAACUUGGAAGUUCGAGGAAAAUUCGGAGUCAUCUUCUGAAGACAUGUUCUGAAGACAAGAGGUGAUAGAGGAGAAAAAGUAAAAAAACAGCAGGGAAGGCUGUAAAUUAACACAUGCACACCCGUAGACAAUAAUCUACUGGGUAAAUCAUCAUCAUCAUCAUACUUAUGCGGUUCUGUGAACCCGCGCUAGCUCUUGUACAAGGCAGGCCACGUCCCGGCUCUUCUCUUGGUCUGUAGGUUCGGGCCACGUUCCCGAUUCAAGUCACGCAAGUAAAUGUUGGUGCAGUUGUAGACAAGUAGGCAAAAAAAAAAUACUUAGACUGUUGUGAUUGAAGAUAUGAGUCAGAG